GGUGACGGUGGUGAUGGUGGUGAUGGUAAGAGUGAAGAUGGGAAGGGCCUGUUGGAGAGGGACAGAAUGGAGAGACUGGGGAAUUGGAGGUCUUCAUUCACAAAACAGUUUUUUUUCCCCCCGUUUCAUACGUGUAGUUUUAUUUAGUUGAUGUACAAUAUUAUAUAUGUGUACAAUAUAGUGAUUCACAAUUUUUAAAGGUUAUACUCCAUUUAUAGUUAUUAUAAAAUACUGGCUGUAUUCCCUGCGUUGUACAGUAUAUCCUUAUAGCCAAAACAGUGAUUUUGAGCACAUAUGCUGUGGCAGGUAGAGUUCCAGGCACUGAACAUAAAGCAGUGAGCAGAAAAGAUAUUGUCCCUUUUCUCAUGGAGUUUACAUUUGGAUGCCAGCAGAGAGGGAAGGGAGACAGACAGGAAAUAUAUGGUAGGUGGUGAUCAUUGCUAGCAAGAAAAAUAAAGCAGAGUGAGGGGAUCCAGAGUGAUGAGUGGGUGCUCUUGUAUACAGGGGUCAGGAAAGGCCUCUGAUCAAGUCACGUUUGAACAGACACCUUGGAAGGAAGUAAGGACAAUACAGAUAUUUGGGGGAAGAGCGUUCUGGGCAGAGGGAGGCCCUGAGGUGGGACUGUGCUUGCUGGGCUUGAGGAGAAGCAAGGAGGUGGGGUUGGUGUGCUUGGGUGGCAUGGCCCAUGUGAGGAGAGUGCUAAAGGUUGAGGCCAGGUUGCUUGGGGCCUUGCGUUUUGUCCUGAGGAUUUAGGAUUUUAUGCUGAGCUGUGGAGCCAUUGGGAGGUUUUAAGUGGAGGUGUGACACUGCCUCCUAAACAUUUAAAAAAAAAACGAAGAGCAAGUGUGCUGCCUUCCCUAAAUAUUGGCGUUCCCACGGUGUGCUGGGCAUGGUGGAGGAGUCACUGUCCUCGGCAGUGGACAGGAGCAGACUCUGGGUCGGAUUUCCUGGGGUCAGGCUGUUGCUGAAUAACUGAGUGCUUUUCCUCCCCUGUCAGUUGGGGUUAGUGAGACGGUUAAAUGACAGGGGAAGCAGGUGGUGCAGUCUUCUGGCACCCAGCCAAGCCUCAGAAGGCGUAAACUGCCAUCGUUGUUUAUCACUCUAGGUGCCCUGAUGGGAGAUACAGGGGGCAGGGGGAGUGUUAUGAAAGCAGCACUCGUUGUGGGGCUGCGGGAUCUGGGGUGAUGGGAACGCCCAAGGGAGAGCCAGACAGAGGGGACGCUUGUUGCGGGGCCGGGGGUGCGGUGGGCAGCACCGCAGGUGAUUUCCGCUGUGGAGCCAUAGUGGGUGAUGACAAGGCCCAGAGCAAGGGACCUUGACAAGGCCAGACUGAGGACAAGGCCACAGGAGAGGGGAGGUGGAGGCGCUGGGUGGGCUGGGAGAGGGCCGGGCCUGCGCACUGGGGGCCCCAGCCUCUGAGCCUCAUUAAUGAUGGAGGUUGGCAGACACAGUGUUGAGGAGGGUAGAGGGCAACCGGCCUCUGGAGUGGGGGCCUUACCCGAGGGAGGUGGAGUGGCCCAGAGCAGGGAGGAGCAGCUCCCCGCCAGCUCUCCCUGGCGAACUGUCCUCUGAUUCUCCAAAGACCCCUCGUCCCAGCUUCCCCCUGAAGGGACGGAGGGGCAGGCUCCAAGCAGCUGCUCUCUGGGCCAGGCCAACUAGGGCUAGAGUUGGUUUCUGGGCUCAUUCUCACUGGAAGCCAUGGCAGCUUCUGGAGGUGGCAAGGUGGGGCUCCGUCGGUUCCACUGCCUGGAGGGAGCCCUCAUUCCAGGGGUGAACUGGCCUUGAUCCAUAGCCUCAACGGUGAGCUCUCCUUCAGUGUGGGGACUCCAAGACUGGAGGGGCUAGUGGGUGGCAGAAGCCAUGGGGGCCUUCCCCUCAAGGAAGCAUCCGGAACCUGAGGCCACAUGAGCCCUGUGCCCUGUGGGCUGCUGGCCUGGCUGGUGCCUGACCAACAGGGCAUCAAGUGCUCACAGCCAAAGGCCCGAGGGUGUGGGGCCCAUAUUCGGUCCAGACCUGGGGAUAAAGGCUGCAUUGUUUGAGCAAAGCUCUGUGAAUGGGGCCUUUGAGAUGGAUUUCCACCAUAGCUGCAAGCCUGGUUGUGGUGUUUUUGGAGACAGCAGGGAGUUCGGGAGUUGAGGGCAGGGCAGGAGCCCCUUGGGCUGGGAAUGGCCGCUGGAGGAGCUGUCCUGUGUGGGGAGGUUGGAUGGUGAGGGGACUCUGCGCUGCUCACCAGGCUCCCUGGCUCAGGCUCAUUCCAGACCCUGGGGUCUGCUCUCCUCAGCCACCCCUCCUCAACAGCUCCUAUCGCCCCACCUGUGGAACUGGGCCAGGAUCUGUCACCACAGGGUCAGGGGCUCUCUGGGAUCUGGCCACAGGCUGCCUUCUGCACUUCGUCUUUCUGGGCAUGGCCCUGGCUCCAUCCAUCCUGGGGCACUCCCUUCCUGUCCACAUCUAAACAUUUCUGGUAAACCCUUCUGGCUUUCCAGCAGCCCCAGCCCAGGCUUCUGGGGCAGCCAUCUGUGUCACCCUGUCUCCGUGUGGCCUACUGCUCUGGGUUCUCCUAUGAGGCAUCUCUGGAAGCAUCUGUGGAUCAUACUCAGGAAAGAGUCAUUUUCCAAAAGAGGAAAACCUGUGCCCAGGAAGGUAGUGAGAGAAGAUGGAGUGAACCUUGACCAUGCCCAUGUGUGGCCUGCCUGGAACGGUUCAUGCUGGUGUCUCUGUCCUCGCCGGGACACGGGGAGUGGUGAUGGUUUCUAGAAUUGACGGCUGGGGGCUUCUGGGAGAGUCCCAGGGUCAGCGCAGUGACCGUGGCCUCUGUGCAGCACAGGUGCAGGAGAACUCCCCCGCCCAGCAGGCAGGCCUGGAGCCCUACUUCGACUUCAUCAUCACCAUCGGGCACUCAAGGCUGAACAAGGAGAAUGACACGCUCAAGGCCCUACUGAAGGCCAAUGUGGAGAAGCCGGUGAAGCUGGAGGUGUUCAGCAUGAAGACCAAUAAGGUUCGCGAGGUGGAGGUGGUGCCCAGCAACAUGUGGGGCGGCCAGGGCCUGCUGGGCGCCAGCGUGCGCUUCUGCAGCUUCCGAAGGGCCAGCGAGCAUGUGUGGCACGUGCUGGAUGUGGAACCCUGUUCCCCUGCCUCCCUCGCUGGCUUGCGCCCCUACACCGACUACGUGGUUGGCUCAGACCAGAUCCUCCAGGAGUCCGAGGACUUCUUCUCACUCAUUGAAUCCCAUGAGGGGAAGCCCUUGAAGCUGAUGAUUUAUAACUCCGAGUCCGACUCCUGCCGGGAGGUGACUGUCACUCCCAAUGCAGCCUGGGGAGGAGAGGGCAGCCUGGGCUGUGGUAUCGGCUAUGGGUAUCUGCACCGGAUCCCAACCCAGCCUCCCAGCCACCACAAGAAGCCAUCUGGUGUCCCACUACCUGGUGUCCCGCCACCUGGUAUCCCGCCACUUGGUGUCCUGCCGCCUGGUGUCCCGCCACCUGGUGUCCCGCCGCCUGGUGCCCCACCACCUGGACCCACCCCGCAGGACUCUCCUGCCCCUUCUGGCCUGGAGACAGGCUCCAGGCAGGGUGACUACGUGGAGGCCCUGCUGCAGGCACCUGGCUCCUCCAAGGAGGAACAGCUCCCUGGGCCCAAGAGUCCUGGCCAUGGCACUCCAGACCUUGGCGACCUUCCCCGUUCCAUGGAGAUUCCUCUUCAGCCUCCGCCUCCACUGCAGCGAGUCAUGGACCCAGGCUUCCUGGACGUGUCCGGCAUCUCCCUCAUGGACAGCAGCAACGCCAGCGCCUGGUCUGGGCUGCCCUCCUCCACAGAGCUGACCUCCACUGCGGUCUCAGCCUCAGGGCCGGAGGACGUCUGCUCCAGCAGGGGUUCUUGUGAGCGUGGUGGUGAGGCCACCUGGUCUGGGUCAGAGUUUGAGGUCUCCUUCCCAGACAGCCCAGGCGCCCAGGCAGACCACCUGCCUCAGCUGACACUUCCCGACAGCCUCACCUCUGCAGCCUCACCAGAAGAUGGGCUGUCCGCUGAGCUGCUCGAAGCCCAGGCUGAGGAGGAGUCAGCAAGCACAGAGAGCCCAGAUUUCGGGGCACAGGCUGAGGGGGCAGCCAGCCAGGCACAGCUCUCCCCCCCAGAAUAACACCCCAGGCACUAAGAAGGGCCUCUGAUGGCAUUUCAUGAGGCCCAGAAGUGGGAGGCAGCUCAGGCCACACUGCGUGGCCAAGCCCCCUGCAUUACGCUUCCUAGGCUGCUGCUGACAGGGGGUGGGGGGUGGCGUGGCUUGUGUCCAUUCAGACGCUACUGGUCUCCAAGAGGUGACCUCCCAGCAUUCAUUCUGCCUGAUGGUCCUGCCUUUGGGGAAUUGGCCACUUGUUUGAGAAUCUCAAGUACUUUUGGGGUAGUAGGGGCUGGGAGUAGCACCCUGGUUAAAUAAGUUUUCCAGGAGAUAGGGUCGGAGAGCAAAGGAUUCUUUGCCGCUCGGGUAGGGUGUGGAACUUCAGUGGCCGCGGUCCUUGGGGAAGGGCAUCUUUUGGCCACGUACCCACUGCUUGCUCCUGCUCUGUGGGUGCACAGAAGGUAGCAGAGUCCAGGCACCAUGAGGUGUGAAGAUGGGGUGAGGGACGAAGGGGUUGGUGUGGAGUGUUUGCCUAAUCGCUCUGUAGGGCUUGCAGUGAUUCUUUCCACAGAGCUCAGCCAGCUCUAUCUGUAAUGGAAGGCACCCCCAAGCCCUGGGGACCCCUGCCGCUCCAAUUACUGUCUCACUCUGUGCUACACAGCACAGUUGGCUCAUGCUAACCACAUAUUCCAGCCAUGGUUGGAGGAGAGGCAGUGAACUUGCCCACCUCUUCUGAGGGAGGAUGGUUGGAAAUUCUAGGCCCUUCAGCACACUCACCUGUGCUUGGACCACGAUGCUUCUUUUUUGCCACCGUCUACACCCCACAGACCUGGGGACACACAAGUGUCUCCAGUUGUGACUCCUGUCAGCUCCCAAACUUUUACAACCAUCUCUUCUAAAUAUAGAAGUCAUCCAGCCAGCCCCAGUGGUGAGUAAAAGUUACAAAUUUAAUUUCACCAUCCUAAGCAGACUCUUAGAGCCAGUCCUCCCGACUGGAGUUCUUCACACACAGCUCCCACUCCAAGGGGAGAUGAGGGACCUGGACAAGAUUGGGUAGGGGCCCUUCUGUUCUUUCCUGUAGUAUAGGAGAGGGCUGUUCCCCUCACCUCCAGUGCCUUGGGAGGCUAAGACUAGGUCGAGUCUUUUGCUCUGCCUGGUUCCUGCAGGAAGAGGAGGGCUCCAUCCAGGGAUGGCCCCUCAUCACUUGAAGUCCUCUCCUCUUUGGCUAGAGUCCCUCACCUUCCCUCAGCCCUCGCGGAGUACCAUGAAAGCUGCCUCUAGCCUGGCCUUCUACUCUCGGCCCAGUCGAAAGUCCCCCCUUUACCAUUUGAUUUGGAAUGUGUGCACUUACAGGGAAUUCAGAGCUCUCUUAGGCUCAUAGGACGAGGACUGUAUGCUCUGGGGGGCACAGACCAAGUAUAUGGAGGGAGGGCCCCAAACCAGCAAACAUUUCGCUUCUAGCACUGUGACUACAUCUAAAAAGCAAGUCUUUGUCAAGUCUACCAGAGCAGCUGAUAAGCCCACAGAACAGGGAGGCAUUGUGUCCAAAGCCAGUGCUGGAGCCUGGUUCCUGGACUGUCUGGGAGCCCAGUGCAGCAAUCCAGGCAGUAGAAAAGAAUCACCAUGGGCCUGUUCUGAGGCCAGCUUCCCUUCACUGUAGCCUGGCAGUCCGACCCAGAGUCACCCUCACCCAAGGGACCUGGUUCUUCCCUCCCUCACUUUCACACACUCCCCUCCUUAAAUUGGGGGAUAAAAUGGAUAGCAAUGCUAAUUAUUUCCACGGUAAACAGAAAACCAGAAGUUUCUUCCUUUCUCUGUAAUCUGCUAUGAAGGAAAAUGACAAGUGAAAAUAAAUGUAUACUUACACUUUGAAAUAUUGUAACUAAAGCCUUUAUUCUAUACAACUGUGAAAUACAGAUUUUUACCCUUUUGGCAUUGCA